UGCAGUAGCUAUGUUUUUGCAACAGAAAAACAACAACUUAAAAGACGAUUUAGCAUUUCUAACUUUAAGUUGGUGUGUUAGUUUGUCAGGUAUUGGACCAUCGAGGUGUGCAGCUUGAUUCUCACGGAGUGACAGGAAGUAGACAUUCCAGGAGGUGCUGAGGAUCGUCAAGAUGGCCUCCAUCACCAACCCCAUUCACAGCCCAAUGCGCUGGAAUAGAGUGUGGCGGCGGAGAUGUGGGGCGGCGUUGCCAUGGUGAUCAUUUACGCACAAAUUACUAGAAAAGAAACCGGGUGUCGACGAUGUGAAGUCCAAAGUCAAGAGACGGAUUUGGAGCUGAUCAAGGCAGAGACCAUGAGCCUCCAGGGGGCAGCACUCUUCUCUUGCGGAGUCAUGGAGACCGGCAGCAGGUGGGGUGACGUGGAUCUGGGCCUGGGGUGUUAUGGAGCCCUGCAUCACCAGAGACCCUCAGUGGAGUCCAGUUGCCUGGAGAACCUGUGGAAUGUCCUGCCCUCUGAGGUUCUACCCCCACACUACUACCAGAGCCCAGUCCGCUGGGGGGACAGAGACGCAGGACUGGGUCCCACCAGCAUCACCUCCAUCCCAGGCACCAUCACCAGUCUGCUACAGGACCUGAGCCUGGGUGAGGCGUCAGCCGCUUCAGCCUUCUCACCCUCCACCACUCCACCCUCCAAGCGCCAGUGCCGCUCCCUCUCCUGCUCAGAGGACCUGGGAGGCUGUCGGUCGGCCUGGAGGCCGCAGGGGUCCGGGGUGUGGACAGCUGUGGCGAAGAGGCGAUGCCACAGCGGAGGAAGUGUCCAGAGAGGAUUUGCAACAGGAGGAGGGACACGCUGUCAGCAGCUAGGGUUCCCUGCCAUGCAGCGUAGCUCCAGCUUCAGCCUGCCAGCUCGCUCCAACACCCUCUCCCUGGAUCUCCCUGGCUUUACCCCCUGCCCUUCUUACUCUUUAGCCCCCCCCUCUUACUCCUCCCUGUCCUCAGAGCCCCCCAGGCCCUUCCUCUACCUCUCUCAUGAACAGAUCUGCCUCCCAGAGAUCCAGGGAGGCCCAGCGUUGCCCCUGAGCUCCCCAGACUCCACCCCAGAGAUGAAGCGUCGUGCUGGGCAAGGGGGGCUGGCCCGGAGUCGCUCUCAGCCCUGCGUCCUCAACGACAAGAAGAUGGGUAUGAAGCGGAGGAGACCAGCCGACUCACACAAACAGAGGCCUUCUCUGGACCUGACCAAGAUGACACAGAAACUUCGGAAUUUCCAAAGCCUCAGCUGCCCUGGGAUCACUGGGAACGACAGCUAUCAAUCAACCCAGUGCCUGAUCCCUCUGAGGACCACUGACCAAUGUGAGACUGACUUCACCUCCGCAGGCGAUCAGGGAUUGGACGAUCCAACCGCCAGCUCCAAAGAGGGCGGAGUCGUCACCGGUGUCUCUAGGGAGGAGGAUCCAGCCAUCUCCAUCGAGGAGCUGGAUUGGCUGAGCUGCCCGGUCUGCGAUGACGUGACAGCCACUGGCAUUAGGAAGGAUGUGUAUCAGCUGGGAGGAGAUCUGGACAUUGAUCAGAUCGAGAGGAACUGAACCGGGUCGUGUUCAUUAGGCACCGAACGGAAGAAAACAGACUGAAACGGGGAGGGAGAACCUGGAUAUGUCCAAUGAGAAAUGCUGCAAAAUAUUACUGCAUAUUGUUUUUCUCAUGUUCCCGAAUGAAUAUGACCCUGAACUAUACUUACCACCCUCAGGGGAAUGGGACUGAAUGAAUAUGACCCUGAACUAUACUUACCACCCUCAGGGGAAAGGGACUGAAUGAAUAUGAUGCUAAUAGCGUUUAAUAUUCUUUAUUUUUUAACAAGUUGUUACUACAACGCUAUGUCAGUAAAACAUGAACAUAUUUCUAUUGGAAUAAACAUGGUUGUUUUACAUGUUAAUCUACUGUCUUCAGAUAUAUGAAUAUAAACUCAGUAACAACAAAAAA